CUGGUCAGCUGACCACCCUGCGACCAACCAGCGCGGGGCAAUGCACAGAGAUUUUUUAAAAAAAAACUACAAAUAAAGAGCCGUUGAAAUAAACCAUACACCAACAUUUGGAGUUAUAAUUAAUCGGAAAGUUUCCGUCGUAACUCGGGUUAAACUGGACACUAUCUGGUAACGAUCGACCGGAACACUGACGUGUCUUCGUCACUCCCCGGCUUGUCGCUAUGAGCUCCGCCGGAGCUCCGAGAGGCCUGGCCAGCUCCGGCCAGAAGCCCAUCACCGAGGUCAUUCACCCGCUGCUGCCCGCCGAAGAGGCCCCGACGUCGGCCACUGCACCGGACCCCGGAGAUGGAGAUGUGGAGGAGGCAGGGCUCACCAACAGUCCCACCUCCAAUGCUGAUGGCCAUGAAGACGGUAGCAUUGGCAGAGUAAGAGGAGGAGGAGGAGAAGAUGAAGAUGCCAUUGUCAGUGGUGAUGAAGACAAUGACGACCACUGCCACGGCGAACUCCAUGACCUCUUUGUUGCUGUGGACGACCCCAAGAAACAUGUCUCUGCCAUGGAGACGUACAUCACCUACCGUGUCUCUACCAGGACCAGCAGGGUGGAGUUUGACCUGCCAGAGUACUGCGUGCGCCGCCGCUACCAGGAUUUUGAUUGGCUGAGAGGCCGGCUCGAAGAGAGCCAGCCCACACACCUUGUCCCGCCGCUGCCAGAGAAGUUUGUGAUGAAGGGUGUGGUGGACCGUUUUUCUGAGGACUUUGUUGAAACCAGGAUGAAGGCGUUGGACCAGUUCCUGAGACGAGUGGCUGAACACCCACUGCUGUCCUUCAAUCCGCACCUCCUCCUCUUCCUCACUUCCAAAGACCUAAACAAGCGUCAGGGCCUGGCGCUACUGGCCAAGGUGGGUGAGUCAGUGAGACAGGCAGCUGUCGCCGGUGGUUACCGGCUGAGGUCACGACCUCCAGAGUUCACGGCCAUGAGCGACUACCUGGAUGCCUUCAGCCAGAAACUGGGAACACUGGACCGCAUCGCACAGAGGAUCCUUAGAGAACAGACAGAAUACCUGGCAGAAUUUAGGGAGUAUGGGGGCGUGUACUCGACGUGGGCAACCUCAGAAGUGGAGGGGCCAGAGCUCCGGCGGCCCCUGCAGGGCGUGGCUGGCUGUCUGGCUACCUGCUGUGCAGCGCUUGAGGACCUAAGUGAGAGCACCAGUCGAGAAUUCCUCCCGGUGCUGCGCGAGUACAUCCUGUAUGCCGACGCCAUGAAGAGCGUCUUGAAGAGGCGGGAUCAGAGCCAGGCGGAGUAUGAGGUCCGACUGGAGGCAGCCUUCUUGCGCAAACAGGAAGAUGGGACACCGCAGGUUCCACUAGAGGUGGAGCGGUGUCAGGAUCGCGCCGAGUGCUUCAAUGCAGACCUGAAGGCCGACUGGGAGCGCUGGAACACCGACAAGAGACGUGAUUUCAGGAGGCUGCUGGCAUCUGCUGCCAACCGCAAUGUCCAAUACUACGAGAAGUGCCAGGCAUCUUGGGAGUCUCUCAUUGCUCUGCUUCAACACCGGCCACUAGAGGAGCGGUUGAAUGGCACAAAUUGAGACCCUCUCUCUCUCUCUCUCUCUCUCUCUCUCUCUCUCUCUCUCUCUCUCUCUCUCUCUCUCUCUCUCUCUCCCUCUCUCUCUCUGUCUAAUUACCCAUGAUGCACUCUUGUUGGGAGGUAAGAAGGAUUAGAGCGAUGACUUAGAAAAGGAGUUGGAGCCAGAGAGACUCUAUUAAU